AUGACAACUGCAAAAAACAUGGUCAAAGUGAUGAUUGUCAUGUUUGCAAUUUACUUUCUUGCACAAUCGUAUGGCAAGCCUAUCAGGAAGAGAUCUGUGAGCGAGAUACAAUUUAUGCAUAACCUGGGCAAACAUCUGAGCUCCAUGGAGAGGGUGGAGUGGCUUCGGAAGAAGCUGCAGGAUGUGCAUAAUUUUGUUGCCUUUGGAGCUCCCAUUGUUUACAGAGAUGGUGGUUCCCAGAGAGCCAGAAAAAAAGAAGACAAUGUCUUGAUUGAGAGUCAUCAAAAGAGUCUUGGAGAAAAAGACAAAGCUAAUGUGGAUGUAUUAAUUAAAGCUAAGUCUCAGUGA